GCUCGGCUCGGUGACAGGCGGCCCCCCGGUGGCCCCCGGUGUGGUCCCCCGGCCGCCAUGCCCAGCCAGACCAAGUACAACCUGGUGGACGACGGGCACGACCUCCGGAUCCCGCUGCACAACGAGGACGCCUUCCAGCACGGCAUCUGCUUCGAGGCCAAGUACAUCGGCAGCCUGGACGUACCCCGGCCGAACAGCAGGGUGGAGAUCGUGGCAGCCAUGCGGAGGAUCCGGUAUGAAUUCAAAGCCAAGAACAUCAAGAAGAAGAAAGUGAGCAUUAUGGUGUCAGUGGAUGGCGUGAAGGUGAUUCUGAAGAAGAAAAAGAAGAAAAAGGAGUGGACGUGGGAUGAGAGCAAGAUGCUCGUGAUGCAGGACCCAAUCUACAGGAUCUUCUACGUCUCCCAUGAUUCCCAAGACCUGAAGAUCUUCAGCUACAUCGCCAGGGAUGGCUCCAGCAACGUGUUCAGGUGUAACGUCUUCAAGUCCAAGAAGAAGAGCCAAGCCAUGCGGAUUGUCCGGACGGUGGGCCAGGCCUUCGAAGUCUGCCACAAGCUGAGCCUGCAGCACACCCAGCAGAGCGCGGAUGGCCAGGAGGACACCGAACCCGAGAACAGUGACAGCUCGGCGGGCACGGCCCGCCAGCUGGCCAGUGCUGAAAGAGUCGUGGCCGCCUCCGCCGAGGAGACCGACAUCGACGCCGAGGAGAACCCGCUUCCGGGAGUGGGCUCCCUGGAAUUCAGCCGUGGGGUGACAGACCUCGAUGCCGUGCAGAGGGACGGGGACUCUCUUCCGGACUCCCAGGCCUCACUGACCCAUCAGGAGAGCAUCCUGUCGGCUUCACCCAAGAUCCUGCUGCCCUCAUCCUCGCAGCUGCCCUGCCCGGGGACCCCGCUUUCCAACCACCACCAGCUGCAGCUGCUCCAGGAGCUCCUCCAGCAACAGCAGCAGCAGACCCAAGUGGCCGUGGCCCAGGUACACUUGCUGAAGGACCAGCUGGCGGCCGAGGCCGCCGGGCGGCUGGAAGCGCAGGCCCGCGUGCACCAGCUCCUGCUGCAGAACAAGGACAUGCUGCGGCACGUCUCCCUGCUGGUCAAGCAGGUGCAGGAACUGGAGCUAAAGCUGGCGGGACACAGCACUACGGGCUCCCAGGACAGCUUGCUGGAGAUCACCUUCCGCUCCGGGGCCCUGCCCGUGCUGUGCGACCCCACGACCCCCCGGCCCGAGGACCUCCACCCGCCCCUCCCGGGGCCCGGCGGCGCGGCCGACUUCGCCCAGGCUCUGGGCAGCCCCCUAGGUAGGCGCGACGGCUUGGUGAAGCUGGAGUGUUUCCGCUUCCUGCCCCCCCGGGACCGGCCUCCCGGGGCGGAGGCGCGGCGGCCCCUGGGCAGCCUGGAGCUCAUCAGGUUCCGCGAGUCGGGCAUCGCGUCCGAGUACGAGUCCAACACGGACGAGAGCGAGGAGCCCGACCCGUGGUCGCAGGAGGAUCCGCCCCCGCUGCUCAACGUCCUGCAGAGCCAGGGCCUCGGGGACAGCCUGGACGAUGAGAUCGCAGUGUAGCCGGGGGGGAUGAAGGGGUCGGAGGGCGUGAAGGAGAGUGGAGGGCACAAAGGGGUGUGGAGCCCAUGACCUCGGCCUCUGCCAGGCCCGGGCACUUCUGCCACUACUUCCCGGCCUGCCCCGGGCCCCACCCCAGGCUGCGGGCUCAGGGCACGACCCGAGCAGUGAAUCGGCGCAGGGCCCGAGGCAGGGAGGGUGGUGCUUGUCUGAGGUCCUGCGGGAGGGUUGGGAGCUCGGAGAGUAGCUUGGCGGCCAAAUCAUAGUCUCAGUCCGCCCAACCCCGCCUCCAGCCUGGUUUGCCCCAUCUCUUUCUGGCCAUGCUCACUGAGGCCACUGGUCCGCCCCCUCCCCGACCUCCCCGCCCCUGAGCAUGGGGGAGACCCCCUGCCAGUCGAUUCGUGCCGCCCUCGUGCUCAGAGGGGCUCAGUGGCUGCGCGGGGGCCAGGGCAUUCCGGAUGAUGCCAGGCGGGUCAGGAAUCACAGCCAUGCGCCCUUUGACCCAUCGCCGGUGGAAAGGGUGGGGGCAACGCCGGUACCCACGCCCGUGUCAGGACCCGAGUAGGCCCGGGCCUGCUGCGGGCUUCGGGGGAUGUUCGGGGAAGGGCAAGACCCACUCUGGUGGGGGAGUAGGAGGUCGGGAAUUGCGAUUCCGCCAUAAGGGAGGGAGACUCUCUGAUAGACGAGCACGCGCAUUUGCACAUCGGUGGCCCCCGGUGAUGACCGGGAGGUCCGGGGAUUCCUCAGGGAGGGCCUCUGGGAGGAAGGAGCCUUCAUUACAUGGAGGAAUGCGGGGAGGUCGAGGGAGGAGUAGAGUUGGCCGAGGGUUGAGGUAGAUGAGAGCGGGUAGUUAAGGGGAGCCUGGAAAUGAGGGGGUCUAUCUAAUAAUCAUCAUCAUCGUGAUAUUUACGAAGCCCUUGCUGUGUGCCAAGCACUGUGCUAAGCACAGGGUAAUCGAGUCAGGCAUAGGAGAACAGUUUUUUCAUCCCCAAUUUGAAGAUGAAGAAGCUGGGAUCCCAGAGAAGUGAAUAAUAAUAAUAAUAAUGAUGGUGUUUGUUAAGU